AGUGUUGGGUAGGUAUGAUACCGGUGUAUCAUACUCCGUUCAAUGAAAGCAAAAUUUUUUUCGAAAAAAAAAAAUAUUAUUAAGGUCGUUUUCCAUCUUUCAAUUUUUAAUUUUUUUUUUGUGUAAAUCAGUGUAAAUAAACCAGAAGACUGUUGUUCACUAAAUUUUUCUACUGUCAUCAUUGUCAAUUUACUAAAACUAUUGUGUUAUUAUUACUUUUGAUGAGAAGUUAAAGAAAUCGCUUUAUUUUUGUUCCAUAAUAAAGGAAAAAGUAGAAAUCAUACAUAAUGGCAGACAUAAAUGCAACAGAAAGUGGUAAAAUCAUCAAGAUGGAGGUUGAUUAUAGUAGCAAUUGUGAUACAAAAAUACCAGAAUGUAAAAAACUUGCUGCAGAUGGUAAAAUUCAUGAUGCACUUGAUCAAUUAUUGGCACUUGAAAAAUUAACAAGAACUGGUGCUGAUAUGAUAUCAACAUCUCGUGUACUUGUUGCCAUUGUUGAAAUAUGUUUUGAAGCUAAAAAUUGGUCAGCAUUAAAUGAGCAUAUUGUUAUCCUAUCAAAAAGACGUUCACAAUUAAAACAAGCUGUUACUAAAAUGGUACAAGAGUGUUGUAAUUAUAUUGAUAAAACACCAAAUCGUGAAAUAAUGAUUAAACUUAUUGAAACAUUGAGAUCAGUUACUGAAGGUAAAAUAUAUGUUGAAGUUGAACGUGCACGUUUAACUCAUCGUCUUGCUAAAUUAAAAGAAGAAGAUGGUGAUAUGAGUGAAGCAGCAUCAAUAAUGCUUGAAUUACAAGUUGAAACAUAUGGAAGUAUGACACGUAGAGAAAAAGCAUCAUUAAUACUUGAACAAAUGCGUCUUUGUUUGGCUAAACAAGAUUUUGUACGUACUCAAAUAAUUGCUAAAAAAAUUAAUGUUAAAUUUUUUGAAGAUGAAAAAGAUGAAGAAACACAAACACUUAAAUUAAAAUAUUAUGAUUUAAUGAUGGAACUUGCUAAACAUGAAGGUUGGCAUUUACAAUUAUGUCGUCAUAAUCGUGCUGUACUUGAUACACCAUCAGUUAAAGAUGAUGAAGCUAAACGUAAAGCGUGUUUAUCAAGAGCUGUACUUUAUUUAGUACUUGCACCACAUGAACCAGAACAAGCUGAUAUGACACAUAGACUUCUUGCUGAUAAAUUAAUUGAUGAAGUACCAACUUAUAAAGAAUUGCUGAGACUUUUUGUCAAUCCAGAACUCAUCAAGUGGUCAGGUCUUUGUGAAAUUUAUGAAACUGAAUUGAGAUCAACUGAGGUAUUUACUGCUUCAACUGAAGAUGGACGUAAACGAUGGGAUGAUUUAAAAAAUCGUGUUGUUGAACAUAAUAUCAGAAUAAUGGCCAAGUAUUAUACCAACAUAACAAUCAAAAGAAUGGCAGAGUUACUUGAUUUAUCUGUUGAAGAAACAGAAGCUUGUUUAUGUAAACUUGUUGAAACUGGAAUUGUCAGUGCACGUACUGAUAGACUUGCUGGUGUUGUACGUUUUACUAGUACACAAGAACCAGCAGCAAUACUUGAUUCAUGGGCAGCAUCAUUGUCAAAAUUAAUGGCACUUGUUAAUAAUACAACACAUCUUAUUCAUCAAGAAGAAAUGCUUGCUGUUGCAAAUGCAAAAGCGAGUGUCUAAAAUUCAAAUGAAAAAAAAGGAGAAACAGAAAGAAAAUAAUUAAGAGAAAAUAAAAAAAAAAAAAAACAACAAAUUUCAUUUUUUUUUCUUCAUUGAAAAAAAAAAAUAAAAAAUUACUUUUUACUUAUAGCUAUUUAAUGGUUUAAAAAAUGAAAUGAAUAAAAUAUAAAUUAACAAUGGAUUUUA